AUGUUGGCAGUAGUACCGGCUAGAGUUGUAGUGUUGACAGUGUCACAUUUUGCCUCCUCCGCAGAGGGCGGUAGAAAGCGUAGUACUAGUGGGGUCCAGCGAUCUCAGGAGGUGAUCCCAUCUAGCCAGGCUCGCUUGGUUAAGCAGCCCUCUAAGGAGUCCACCGACGGUAGCAUGAAUAGCAUCAGUUCUGAGGGCUCCUCUCGCGUACCAUCUAUGCGCCUGGGAACAGAUGGUCAGCUGAGCGAGUUCAUCGAAGGCCUCGGUCCGGGCCAGCUGGUGGGGCGCCAGGUGCUGGCCGCUCCAGCUCUUGGAGACAUCCAGCUGUCUAUGUGUGACCGUAAGAACAAGCUUGAGGUGGAGGUCAUCAGGGCGAGGGGCCUCCAGUGCAAAACAGGGGCCCGAAUCUUACCUGCGCCCUACGUGAAGGUAUACUUGGUGGACGGGAAGAAGUGCGUGGCCAAAGCCAAGACGGCGACGGCGAGGAGGACUCUCGACCCACUGUACCAACAGCAGCUCAUCUUCCACGAGAGGUACCAAGGCUGUGUUCUGCAGGUGACGGUGUGGGGCGACUACGGGCGCAUGGAGGGCCGUAAGGUGUUCAUGGGCCUGGCGCAGAUCAUGCUGGACGACCUGGACCUCUCCAACAUCGUCAUCGGAUGGUACAAGCUCUUCGGCACCUCAUCGCUGGUGUCGCUGCCGGCGCUCACCCGUCGCGGCUCCAUGGCCAGCCUGGACAGCUUCGGGUAGUGGUAGAGUGAGGGCCCUCGAGGCCUGGGUCACGCUGCGCCAGCCCUUCCCAUGGGAUCAAGCACUUCCGUGCCUGCCACACAGUCACAACAUAAGACCUCCGUGUACUAGUGCAGAACAUUCAACGAUAUUUGCAACCUGCAAUAUUGCUAUCAAGCAGAAUGUGAAGCUUUUCAUUGGGUGCUCUCUUUUGUCUCGGUUUCAAGACUUGAUCUGACACUAACUGCUUGUGUUGCAAAUUUGCAGUAUUGCAUUAAGAUAAGAGGCUCAAAGACAUCAUCGACUUGCCUGAGUGGAGACGAUGGUAGUCGUCAUGACGCGGUACUCGGGGCAUUAAGUGCCCCAUAAGUUCCCCUGCUGGGGCAUCGUGGGGCUCGUUUCUCCACAUCAGCCCCCAGCGGCCACACGGGUAGUAGGCCAUGCUGGGGCCACGCUGGGGCCACACUGGGGCUACAAAUAUGCCCCCACUCCAGCAUCAGGCUGCACACAUAACACCUCCCUUGUGCACCUCACACUUCCGGACUUCCCGUUAAUGUGGACUCUCGUCACUUGUUUGCCUUGAGAGCAGUUUUUUACAUGCCACAAUAUCAGUACGUAUAACACCUUCUCGGCCUGCGCUGUCUCGCUUUAGGAGACAGGCUGGCCAGCGUCACAAUGCUUGUGAUUUUGACUAAGUGCUUUAAAUAAUAUUACAGAAUAGUUUUAAUCAUGUGUGGAAGUUUGCUCCAUAGAGUACCCUACCCUUUCUAGUUUCCAAUACUAAGAUGACCUAUCGUAGUCCAACACUAUGGCUCGUGUCUUCUCCACCCACCCCCUUCUCCCUUCAUUUCCAUGCUCCUUCCUUCCUCAUACAACCACUCCCCUCUUUCUCCCUGACAUGUCUUACAUGUCCUUCAUGACAUCCCUCUCCCCUCUUUCCCCUCACACACCUUGACAUGUCAUACUCUGCCUGGUUAAGUAAAUAUAAAGUUCUCCAUGAAUAAUUUACCUGGAUAAUUUCAGACCUUACCUGAGCAGUACAUAUUACCUGUCACCAUGUAUAAUUACCCUAAGAUUCUAUAUAGUCUUCCUCGGGACUUUUAUCUCCCCUUGGAACUACUGGCCCGGUGUUCCUCACCUUCACAGUGUAAUACUGGCCUUCCUCUGGCAUUUUUUAGGUUGACUUGGCAAUCCUGACCUUCACCGAGCAGUUCUGACCAUAGCCCGGUAUCCCUGGACCUUUAUUCAGCACUCUUCACUUUAGCCUAGUUCUCCUGAACAUAACCCGGCAUGUGUUGACCUUAAUCUAGCAAUUGUAACUAUAACUGAUGCUCCUUAACUUUACCCUAUUAUCUUGACCUUAUCUCAGUAUUCCUUGACCUUAACCCUAAAUACUGCUAACCUUACCUAGCAUCUCUGUCUCUACAACAGUCACCCUUUUGAGAUACUCCAUGGAACGUUAUAUCUGCCCACAGGAAGGGUUGAGGUUCAUGCUGACCACACCCACCUCCGUCACUUCCGGUUUCGUUGCCCUUUCCAUGCCCUGACUGAUCAUCCUCCCUCGGUCUUUCGGUUUUCACUUGAUUCCGCCAGGUUCCCCGUCGCAACACUGCUCUGCCACCUAGUGUUACGAUUUCUAUUCGUCUAGCUUUAUCCUUGUUCUUAAGCUUUUUUGCUGUUCUCUUUGUCCUUGUUUCUCCUCUCUUCUGAUCAACUGUGCCCUCUUCCUUCCCUUCCAUCCCUCUAGAAGUAGGCCUAAUCUUUGAUGGACAGUUGGACUUGGAAUCAUGCCCAGGCUGUCUACAACCUAUUGUAUAACACAGAAUAUACUUAACGAAUUCCUAGAAUUAUACUCGAGAAAAAGAAUACCCCCUCCCCAGUGCGUCAUGUGGUCGGACUUUGUAUGAUGAUACAUGGGAAUAUGAUCUGGUCCCCCCCCUAAAUAUUUUCAUGUUGAAUGCUUUGCUGAGGAUUAUUUCGCAAGUGAGCCUAAGAUACGAAGCAGUUCCCAUUGGCAACGCCUUUGUCCACGGAUGUGUUCCCCUCCGCAGGCGCGGCCUAGAUGACGCCCGCCUCUACCAUAUCGAAAUAUAUGAAGGGUUGACUAUAUGUUAAGAGUUUUUACUUAUCGUUAUUGAUUGAAAUUUCUAUGUGAAUGUUAAGGAAUGCAGCAAAUGUAUAGUUUUUAUUAUAAGUGUUUGCAGACUGAGAGGUUUUCGAGAGGAACGUGAGUGAGGGAUUUAUCCCCUCCCCUCCCCUGGAAUGCUUAACACUGUUCUUCCUCCUUUACCAAGUCUACCCCAACUCUCUCUCUCUCUCUCUUCACCGUCCCUUCCCCCUUCCCCCUUCUCCCCUUCUCCCCUUCCUCCCUCCAAACCCCAACGUCUCUCCUCUUCCCCCGCUCUCCCUCACUCCUCAGUCGCGCCGCAUGACUCGGCAACUCAGGAGGAACAGCGAGGUCACCGCCAGUGAUUCCUAUGUUCAUGUAUCAAUGUAAAUCUUCGGCAUUUAUACUGUGGUUAGGCAUCAGCAGCAUGGUCAGUGUAUAUCCUCCAUCUCAACAAGAAACAUGUUAAAACACAUAAAAUAAAAAAAUGAUAAUAAAAAAGAAGCGUUGUCCACCAGAAUAAUAAUAAUAAAAAUAUCCGCCUCGUCCAUUUGUCCUCCUCCUGCCUCUUAUUCUUCUCUUUUCCCUUUUUCAUCAUUCUACCUCGUCCAUUACAAGUUAGCUCGUUCCCCUUACUUCCUCUUCCACAAUUUUUGUCUGUGGAUAGUGCGAGGCUCUGGUUCUUGGCUUUGUGAUAUAUAUGAAUAAUCAGUUCGAGGGACCUUCUUGUUCUGUGAACAUUUUGAAGCUACAGCUACUCCUGGGGAUAGUUGAUGGUCGCUGCUCUCUGCUGAGCGAGCGGGUGCCGAGGGUUCAGGGGUCGAACUGCUAGAAUUGCAGUCUGAAGGCUCGACGACGGCCAGAGCCAGGAGGGACCACACUCUCUCUUUAAGGACUUGCCUCAACACGGGAGGGUAAGGGGUCUACCCUUUUUCUGUUGAAUUAGCCUUCCAAUAUUGCAAUAGCUGGCCUUAGACUUUCCAUUACUCUCUUGGUGACAAGGUAUUCACGUACUGCAACUCACACUGCGGCUUCAGGACCCCUUCCAACGACAGUAUUGGGGAGUCACGAUUACCUGUGCUCCAGUACUAGAAUCCCUUUGUCGCUGCUAACACUAUAUACCUUAUUCAGAAGAUCUGUUAUGGAGCCCUAUCGCCAUUGAGCCAAAUGUUGAAAUCUGUGGUGCUGAGGUGAUCACGAACCAGAUGAAGAGGCAACAGCCAAUUAUUGAGAAUAUUCAGACUGUAUUUGUCGCAAAAGACACUGAUACUGAUUAAGUAAUUAGACCAUCUGGUAGGGUCACAGUUUUGAAAGCAUUGCGUUGAUAAUCUGAAGACAUUAUAUCAGCCUGUAAUGGACAGAGGCAACUGCAAUCUGUCCAUCAUAAUAUGGGACUUCUAUACACUACGGGCUCCGUGACACUUCUGAGCAUGGUCACGGUUCUUUCACUUAAUGGGUAUGCAUGACUGGGACCUUCUUGCUCCAGCGUUCAUGCCUAAGUUGAUUAUACUUCUUCCCUAUGUAAGGUCUGGAGCUGCUCCUCUGUGUAAGGUCUGGAGCCCCUCUCCUGUGUAAGGUUUGGAGCUACUCCCCUGUAAGGUCUGAAGCUCCUCUCCUUUGGUCAAGUCCACCUCCUAAAGUUCCAAUUUUCUCCUUCAGCCAACCGUAUUCUAUAACGCCAGUUUAGAUCAGUUUCUUUACGUAAAAUCUCCCAAGUUCUUUGUUUUUGCUGUUUAUUCAUGAUUUUACCUUCAACUGAUAUUAUUAUUGGCUGGUUGUUUCUACUCAACUUAGCUGACCUCAAGUGACGUUUUAGACUAUGGGCCUCAGCCUCCCUUAUACACGUCAAGAGCUCGUCGAUAUUUGGCUAAGAACCCGAGCUGGACUUUGGAGAUAAACCAUACUCGCUCCUGAUUGGCCAAUCUGUGCCCGCGCCGGUGGUACCCCCACCUUUCACCAAGGAAUCUUCGGUGCAUUCGUGUCCCAUUGGCCCAGCUGCUGUCUCUGGCAAUGCUGCAGGAAAUUUCAGGAUGGCGUCAGGCUUUUUAUUCCACGAGCCCAAACGAUGUCGCGGGUUGGCAGAGCGGCUGGAUCUCGUAUGUUUAUCACAAAGUGUUAGCUCUGUAUUUCUGGUGUGUAUCCAAGAAAAGUAUAAACCCACAGCCGUGUGCAUAAUACCCUGUAGAGAUGUGUCUCUCUACCAUCAAUACUACUCCAUUGUGUUGGGCGGACGCUGUUCUCGGAGAAAGGGAACACUUAUAAUUAUUUCAACUUUGUAUAAUUUAUUAUAACUGUACGAAAUCAUUAAACCAAAUAUUCAGUUUCCAUUAUUAAGCGCUGAUGGAUCAAAAACUAUUAUUCUUCGUCAUGUCAUACUUAAAAUACGCAUAUUCCUUCUGUAUGAUGCAGACACUUGGAUUGGUCUGCCCAAGCAUGUAACUUCGGAAAUCCAACUGGUGUCAUAUUUUCUUUACAGAUACUUGAGAAGUGUGUUUAUUUAUAGUUUUACCGUUUUGCUAACUUUGGGCAAAAUAAAAUUUUGAGCAUAA